AUGUCGCGCUACGACGACUACCGUUCUUCGACUGGAACACUAGAUUCUCGCGAUCGGUCCGAUCGCCAUUCUCGAGGCCCACCGGUACUCGAGCGAGAACGACCCCGCGUCCGAGAAGAUGAACGCUUCGAAUUACGCAUGCGCGACGAGGACCGGUAUGGUCCACCUGCCCGCGCAGCAGGUCGAUACUAUGAGGACGAACACUUGUCUCAUCAUUCUGGCCCCCUGGUGGCGCAUGACCGCCGUCGUCGACGUGACGAUAGCCCAUCGUUCGCUCCGCCCCGUUUAAUUAGGCGGCAGUCGUCCCUGGACACCUUCGAUCGCAUCCCCCGCCGCAAGAUGGAAGCAUUUGAGGCUCGCGAUCGUGCACCCCGCAUGCCGCGUGUUCCCCCACCGCCGGCACAGCGGCCCUCGCCUGGUCGUUACCGUGAACGGGAAGUGUAUGAAGACAUCCGCAUCGCCGAGCCCGAUUACUACGGCGACGAAGAAUUCCGUGAGUUUGACGAUAGAGAGAGAAUGCAUCGUCGUCGGCGUCGCUCUAGCAGCAGUGCGCAUCACCGUCAUGAAGAAAAACCAUACCCACGCAAGGGCAAAACCCGCAUUCCACGGAAGUGGGUGCACGUUCAUGCUAUCCUCGACCUGGGGUAUCCAUUCAAGGAAGAAGAUGAGACAAUCAUCAUCCAGAAAGCCUUGUCUAAGGAGCAGAUCGAUGAAGUGAUCAGCUUGAGCAAAUCCUUCCACCGUCCUGCUCAUUCAGAGAGUAGGUUACAUUCUCGUGGCUCCCAUGGGAGACAAUCAACCUUGAUUGACAACCAUCGCUAUGCAGCUGAAUAUCUUCGCGUCCCACGCUCGCCAGUUCGACAAAUUCCCCGCGAGCGAGUCACUACCGAGUACCUUGAGAUUGACUCUCACUCGCACUCGCGCUCGCACCACCAUUCCCCCCGUUCGAGCCACGAGGCGUUUAUUGUCGAGGCUGCCCCGUCACGCCGGCACGAUAUUGAGUACGAAGAAAUUGUCGAACCUCCUCGCUAUCGCCACCGAGCAAUCUCUCGACCGCGAUCCAUCUCUGUGCAUGGACGUCGCCGGGCAUCGUCUCCUGUACGACUGGUUGAGUCUCGGCCUCACUUCGAGGAACGCAUUGAGACCCGGCCACACCACUCCGGUCAACUUAUGGUGGUUCGCCCUCGAGAAACUGACCAUGACGUUGAUGAAUACAUUCGUGAGCUUGAGGAGGAGACCAGGCUGCUGCGCCUGGAGCGUCAGGGUGGAAUCGAAAUCACCCGCCAGAAAGAAACUGAUACGAUUGAUGAUCGAGGUAACGCGGAGGAGAGAAUUGAGUACAACAAGUCGGAACGCAAAGGUGAGUCUUCAUAG